AAUAACUUUUGACUUUUCCCACUGUAGGAAGUUGGUGAGCCAUUCAAGGAGGAGAAGGCUGUUGCUAAAUACUUGCGCUUCAACUGUCCAACAAAAUCCACCAACAUGAUGGGCCACCGAGUUGAUUAUUUUAUUGCUUCAAAAGCUGUGGAUUGCCUCCUGGAUUCUAAAUGGGCAAAGGCAAAGAAAGGAGAGGAGGCUCUCUUUACUACCCGAGAGUCUGUAGUUGAUUACUGCAACAGACUCCUGAAAAAACAGUUCUUUCAUCGAGCAUUGAAAGUGAUGAAAAUGAAACCUGACAAGGAUACAAAGAAAGAAAAAGAAAAAGGAAAGGCUGAGAGUGGGAAAGAGGAGGAAAAAAAGAGUAAGAAGGAAAGUGGCAAAGAUGAAAAAACUAAGAAGGAGAAAGAAAAGGAAAAGAAAAAGGAUGGUGAAAAAGAUGAGUGUAAGAAGGAUGACACCCCAGGAACACCCAAGAAAAAGGAAACCAAGAGGAAAUUUAAACUUGAGCCACAUGAAGACCAAGUUUUCUUGGAUGGAAAUGAGGUCUAUGUGUGGAUCUAUGACCCCGUUCACUUUAAAACUUUUGCCAUGGGACUUGUACUUGUGAUUGCCGUUAUAGCCGCGACCCUGUUCCCGCUCUGGCCAGCCGAGAUGCGUGUCGGUGUUUAUUACCUCAGCGUGGGCGCCGGCUGCUUUGUCGCCAGUAUUCUGCUCCUUGCCGUCGCUCGCUGCAUCCUUUUCCUUAUCAUCUGGCUCAUCACUGGAGGAAGGCAUCACUUCUGGUUCCUGCCAAACCUUACAGCAGAUGUGGGCUUCAUUGACUCCUUCAGGCCCCUCUACACACACGAAUACAAAGGACCAAAAGCAGACUUAAAGAAAGAGGAAAAAGCAGAAUCCAAAAAGCAGCAAAAAUACGACAGCGAGGAGAAAUCAGAUAGUGAGAAGAAGGAAGAGGAGGAUGGAAAAACAGAAGCCACAAGGAACUCGGGAACAGACGGCUCAGGAGGAGAGCGACAUUCAGACACUGACAGUGACAGGCGCGAAGAUGACAGGUCCCAGCACAGUAGUGGCAAUGGAAACGACUUUGAAAUGAUCACAAAAGAGGAACUGGAACAGCAAACAGAUGAAGGGGAUUGUGAGGAGGAAGAGGAGGAAGACACCGAAAGUGGGCCUUCACAUGGAAAAUCAUAACUCACUGUGGUUUGGGACUAAGUAUGUGCAAAUGGUUGGAUUUUCUUUGUUGGCUGAUCACCAAAACAUAGACCGUACAGUAGCAUCUUUGUUUGCUGAAAUAUCCAUGUUACCAAACAGUUUUAUAUCUAGUUCCUUCAUUUUUUUUUUUAACCAUUAACUUGAUUACUCGGUACUAUGUUAAUCAUUAAUAUCCAUUUAUGGAAGUUUUAUCAAUUUGACAAGUUUUUUAUUGAUUGAUAGGUUGCCCAGAUUGUCCUCAAACAUACUGAAAAACGUCAUUUUCUGGUACUUGCAUAACUGGUCAAUUAGUUUAGCUUCUCAAACUUGCUUUUGUAAACCAGGUAAAAGUUGAAUGACCAAAUCUCAGAUUAUUCCUAGUUAUCUGAUAGUUAGGUAAAGCCCUUCUUAGCCCACAGCCUUCUUGAUAUUUUUCUUGAUUUUGUUUUCAAAAGAUUGUGAGAACUUUCCUGAGAAGACUAGUUUUAGCAGAAGUAUUUUGCUGACAGUAGAGGAGCUGGUAGUGCUGAAUUUGCCUGCAGUGUUCUCUGUUUCUCCAGCCUGUGUGCCAGCAACUGAGGAAAUCCAAACUGGUUUUGUGCAUCCAGUGCAGAGAGAGAUGUCAUCUCCAGCAGGUGAAGGAAGCAGCAUGGUUUGGAAAUGAUGGCUGUUUUCUUUCUCCUGCUCCAUCAUAAUUAAAAAAAAAAAAAUGUAUUCUGUACAUAAUUUACAAAUAAAGCAAACCAUUUACUUUAACUGCUACUUAUUAUUUAGAGAUUUGAUCCAGCAUUCAGUUUGUAUUAUUGAAGCCAUGUUGUGGUGUAUCUAUCAGAGAAAUGCAAGUGGAGAGGACCUCACAGAGUAUUUGUGUAUGAUUGGUAGCUGUUCCACAGAAGCUUUAGUUUUGUGCCAACAUUCCAUGUAUUUGAGUAAAUUGAUCUUUAUUAAAUGAAAGCAAACACCAGA